AUGGCCGACUUGCAAGCUGUACUUGGCUCAAUGUCUCUGCAACCGAAUGUCCAUCUGCCUGAAAAUCCACCUCUGACACCUGGUCCCAUGGAGGAGUCUUCAUCCCGGGAGACUCUUGUACCAUGGCACAAAAUGCCUCCAAACCUUAUGCUUGCCUUACGUGAAAAGAAGAGACCAAUACCUAAAGAGAGACGAGAGAUGAUCCGUAUAGUUAUUGACGAUGUACUAGCUAAAGAACGUAGAAGACCUGGAAGAGGAAAGCUGCGUGAGAUUGCCAAGAAGAUAGUACAACAAUAUCCCUCCUCUUUCCAAGACAGAGAGAUGAAUGGAACCACGGUAAUUGGAACUGGGUAUGAUUCAGUGUUCAUACAGCUUGAAAACAGACUUGAGAACAUUAGUAGGCCAUGUACCUUCAACUCGAGGCCAGCAGCAGAAAGGCUAGAUGAGAUAAGAAAGAAGUCCAGCCACUCGGAUCGAUAUGGAUGUGUGGAGUGGCAGCCUGCUGUUGAGAACACUCCUGAACUAGAGUCUAAAAAAGAUGACUUGAAGAACGAUUUCAAGACCCGCCAGCUGGAGGAAUCAGUUGUUCGCAAAUUGAUGACUGACACAUACUCCAUCCAACGAACUGCAAUCAACAAUGGAAGCACUGUGAAAACUCUAAUGGAGGAGUGGCCCUUCCUUUUUGAAGCUGCAUGCAUGUUUGACCACACACACACACUUCUUGGCUUGGAAGUCCAAACAAAGCUGGCAGAGGAGGUGUCCAGAAAGGGAAAGGGCAUCAAAGACUUUCUACAGUCCAGGGGGAUAAAGAUGGCACCCAGUAACGAUCUAGUACAGCUGAUCUCUGGGAUCGCAAAAUUCUUCAGAGAAAAGCCUGAACAACUCUUCCACCCAAGUGAGGAAUCUGCUGCUGCCGCACUACCACUGCAAAGCACACCUUGCAUCCUUACCAUGGGUGAUCAUCAUUACAAAAUCGCCGUGGACCAAGAAGUCGUAAACAACCACAUCAGCUCCAUGAUUGUAGCUCUGAGCUACACUUUUGCUGCAUUUUAUGUUUUUAACAUAAAGUACCCAAAAGACAUGGCUCUCACGCUGGAGUUCAUUCAAAGAGUUUUCCUGGGAAUAAAUCCAGAACGAGGGUCAAAGGCUGAGAAGAAGGGAAAGAAACACCCUCACUUGCCCCCAAGACUUCUGAAGUUCUUGUGUGAACUGAACAGUUUUGAAAACCCCCGGAUGGAAAUGUGAACAUUUGCAUGCAUGUGCACGC